AUGCACCCGUUAUCAUCAUGGUUACUCCUCCUAAACCUAUCCUUAUUCUUACCUAACCUCGUCCACGCCCUCAAAUUCAUAAACCCACCCUCCAUCACCGAACCACUAUCCAACACUGAUUACUCCCCAAACCCCGUCUACGCCGAGGGAUCCCUCUUGCACAUAUCAUGGGACGAGCAACCCGAAAACACAACCUCGGUGACACUAUGGCAGCUAAACGGGACGGAGGGAAUGCAGCCGUUUGAGCAUAUUACUCAGGACGUCUCAGGAAGCUAUCGUCACAGGCUCAAUCAGCAUACCGACACCCUCAGCAACUUCAACACCUGCAUCAACUCAGACUCCAAAACCACCGCACCAGCAUCAGGUGGCCUAAGCAACGGGGCGAAGACUGGUAUCGGCAUUGGUGUAGGUGCCGGUAGUCUUCUUAUCAUCGCCAAUUUCGUUUCGUGGAUUGUUGCUCGGUGUCAGAGACGCAAGUCGCUGCCGACAGAUCCAGGUCCUGCGGCGCAUACUGAGUAUUAUGGACUUGAGAAGCAGCACCAUGAGAUUGAUGGUAGUGGCAAGGAUGCUGUGCAGGUUUAG